UCAUGUCAUGAAUGUGGUUAAUAGACCUUGAAGCCAAGCAUUUGCUUGUUCGCAAAGUCUUGAUCAACCCUGAUAAAGAGUUACAAUUAGCAAUGGCCGUUGGUGCAAGACGUGGCUUCCGGUAAUACAGGAGAUUUUGGUACUCAUUACAACAAGAAGAAAUGUUCUGGAAUUUUUGAGCAGGAUCUGAAGUUGACAUUCUUUGUCUACGUUAACGCUCAAAUAAAGACUUUGGUUACACAUUAAAGAUGGCUACAGUUAGUGGAGUUAUUCGGCGUUUUUGGCUAGCAGUCAGUAGGAAGAGAGGCCUGUCCAUAAAUGCUUUGCAAGCAUCGUCCUUAGAAAGAAAGCUGAAUAUAAUGCAUUUGAUUAUCAUUGGUGUUGCUGCCACCCUCAGUGUGUCGAUUUAUAUUUUGCUAGGACAGGCUGCUCGAAACAUGGCUGGCCCAGCAGUCAUAUUAUCUUUGACAAUAGACGCUUUAGCCGCUUUAAUGUCCGGCCUUUGCUACGCAGAAUUAGCCGCGCGGAUUCCAAUCGCUGGUUCCGCUUAUACUUACACGAAUGCUACGAUGGGAGAAGCACUGGGAUUUCUCGUUGGAUGGAAUUUACUGUUCGAAUAUGCGAUUGGAACUGCGCUAUUUGCGCGAGGGUUUACGGGAUAUUUAAACUCAAUACUUCACGGGCAGCUUAAUGAGCUUCUCAAAUCGAUUAAUAUUGAGGUGAGAUUUGUAGAUUUUGAGACGCAUCUUGAUGUUACGGCUGCGCUGCUUUGUAUCCUGUUAACAAUAAUCAUGGUGUUUGGAUGGGAACCAACAAACGUUGUUAUUACUGUCACCGUCAUCGGAAGCACGUCAAUUAUACUCAUGAUUGUAGUUCUGGGCCUAGUUUAUGGCAGUAUGUCCAACUGGGUUCCAUUUCUGCCGUACGGUGUAAUUGGAGUUAUCAAAGGUGCCUCAGCCUGCUUCUAUGCCUUUGUUGGUUAUGACGUCAUUGCAAUGUCAGCGGAGGAAACUGCCAAUCCUCGUGUCACCAUUCCUUUGGCCAUAAUGAUAACUAUUGGCAUUUGCUUUUUCUUCUUCGUUGCGGUGGCAGUUGCCUUGACAUUGCUUGUACCGUACAAUUUACUGACUGUUGAUGCAACAAUAGUCACAGCUUUCCAAAGGCAUGGACUCUACUUCUUUGGUUACGUUGUUUUCAUCAGCAUGAGCCUUGGGGCUGUCGGAGGCAUCACAGCAACGCUCAUUCCGCUGCCUAGACUAGUUUAUGCCAUGUCUAAGGAUGGCCUGCUGUUUGGUAUACUAGGCGAUGUAAGCAGUAGAAAUAUGCCAGUAAAUGCAAGUAUUGUUACUGGCAUCUUAACAGCGGCAGUUGCUCUUUGUUUUGAUACGGGAAACCUGGUAAAAAUGACGUCAAUGGGUACCCUUGUUGCCUACAGCUCUGUGUCUCUGUGUGUUAUUUUGCUGAGAUAUCGCGUGAGCCACGUGAAUGUUAUAUUGCCGAACGAAAAAGGUGAUUCACUUAGAAGUGAUGAAGUGGAAACGGAAAAUCUAGAAAAAGAUCCCAAAGGAAGUAACGAUGGAAGCAAAAACAGUUUUCAUAUAGAGAAAGGCGAAAAGGAAAAAGAAUCUGAAGCUGACCAAAUUAAAGGUGACAAUAUGAAAGACAUAGAGCCAACGACAAACAAAAUCACUGCUUCCGAAAGCAACCCACAGGACCUGUUUACGAUAGAACGACAUCCAACUGAUAAGAGCGAGCUAAUUGUGAACCUUGGUUGCUUUUGUUUGGUUGUUCAGCUCACAGCAAUAUGUAGCAUCAUUGUUUAUGCCUUUAACAAGAUUUUCCUUUACAACAUACCGGUUAUCAUUGGCCUUUGCAUAUUGGCUGCAUCAACUAUUUUCAAUUUGUUGCUGAUUUCAGUGCAACCAGAGAAUAAAGCGGCGCUCUUCUUCAGAGUUCCAGUUGUGCCUUGGCUUCCUGCAUUGUCGCUGUUCAUUAAUAUUUAUCUUAUAAUGCUGCUAGAUAGGGGUUCGUGGAUCAGAUUUGGAAUCUGGCUCUUUCUGGGAUUUAUUGUGUACUUUGGGUAUGGAAUUCGCCAUAGUAAAGCUGAAAGCCAUAUGCAAUGUGAAUAUUCAAGACUUAACUGAAGAAAAGUGACAUAUCUGAUGUUGACUUUCGUCUAAUCAUUUUGAAAACCCAACGCAGUGGUUUGUACAUUUUUUUUGAUGAAAUGUGAAAUAGAAAAGUCUUAGUAAUAACAAUUCGUAAUAAACGUAUAUGAUAGAGCAUAACAAGGGAGAAAAUGACUUCUAAAUAAUCACUAGAAGCAUAAAUGUUUUUUAAUAUACAAGACAUUUUCAUGUCAAAGAAUUUUCGACCCUUAACCCCUGGUACAAGCAACCUGAAUAUAUAACUGCAAUACCGGCCACGCACCCGAUUCUGAUAGCGUGGUACAGUAGGUAGCGUCAAACUCUGUAUUAGUGUGUCACGCUUUUUAUUGCGGUGUGAUAGUUACAACUAACAUGUGCUGGAAAGUGGGCCUUGUGUGCCAGGGAAAUGCUAACAUGUGCGAGAGAAAUGCUCACAUUCAACAAAGUCUUCAGUCUUUCAUGUGAUCUGAGUACAAUGGUCAACUAUGAAUACAGUAAGGAAGCUACUAGAAUUUUCCGGUCUGAAAUGUUUCGGAGACUUUCUGUUUACAAACAUUUGAACUCCAAAAAUAUAACGCACACAGGAUUUUCAAAUUUGAGACACUCUCAAAUUUUUUGUUCUUGUAAGUGUCCUUGACCCUUCUGAAGAACUUCUUAUUUUUCAGAACAAGUGUCGACCAUUUCAUAAGUAGUGGCACAAUUUGUAAACAAAUUGUUUCUUUUAAUUGAGAAGUUUUGGUUUAUCUUUAUUACAUUGGACAAUAUGGUUUGUGUGACAGAAAACGCAGUUGCAAACACAA